GACAAAAAUAAUAAAUGAUGUCAUUAAUUCUUAAAUAUAUAUAAAUCAAUCAAACUCAAAUAUUCUCAUUAGUUAUUCAGAUAUUACAUAAGUGUAUAAUAUACUAAUAUCAUACAAUUAGUAAAAAUGGAGAAUUGGCAAUUGAUAUCUCUUUUGUUGAUUAUAACCUGUUUGAUAUUUAAUAAAGGGAUUGAAAAUAAAUAUUCAGAAUACACAAAAAUAUGCCAAUUUGAAAAAGGUACGACCAAAAAAGCUGCUGCAAGUGGUGACAUAGAAACAUUAAAACUAGCCCACGAAAGAGGAUGUGAAUGGGACAAAUAUACAACUGCUGAAGCUGCUGCAAAUGGACAUUUCAAUUGUUUAAAAUAUGCACAUGAAAAUGGAUGUCCAUGGAAUGAAAGCACAGUAGAAGCAGCUGCAAAAUAUGGUAAUUUAGAAAACUUAAAAUAUGUUCAUAAAAAUGGAUGUAUUUGGGAUAAAAAAACAACAAGAGCUGCUGCUGCAUAUGGGCAUUUAGAAUGCUUAAAAUACGCUCAUGAAAAUGGCUGUAGAUGGGAUAAAAAAACAACAAGAGCUGCUGCUGCAAAUGGGCAUUUAGAAUGUUUAAAAUAUGCUCAUAUAAAUAAAUGUAGAUGGAAUUAUAAAACAACAAGAGAUGCUGCUGCAAACGGAUUUUUUGAAUGUUUAAAAUAUGCACAUGAAAAUGGAUGUCCAUGGAAUGAAAGCACAGUAGAAGCAGCUGCAAAAUAUGGUAAUUUAGAAAACUUAAAAUAUGUUCAUAAAAAUGGAUGUAUUUGGGAUAAAAAAACAACAAGAGCUGCUGCUGCAUAUGGGCAUUUAGAAUGCUUAAAAUACGCUCAUGAAAAUGGAUCUGGGUGGAAUGAAGAAACAACUAGAGAAGCUGCAAAAAGUGGUAGUUUGGAAUGUUUAGUGUAUGCUCACAUAAAUGGAUGUAAAUGGGAUGUGGGCACAACUUCUGGUGCUGCCAUGAGUGGUAAAUUAGAAAUUUUAAAAUACGCACAUAAAAAUGGAUGUCCAUGGGAUGAAAGCACAACAGAAGCUGCUGCUGCAAAUGGACAUUUAGAAUGCCUAAAAUAUGCUCAUGAAAAUGGAUGUAAAUGGAAUGAAUAUACAACUAGAGCUUCUGCAGAAAGUGGAUGUUUAGAAUGCUUAAAAUAUGCUCAUGAAAAUAGAUGUAAUUGGGAUGUGGGCACAACUACUGGUGCUGCCAUGAGUGGUAAUUUAGAAAUUUUAAAAUACGCACAUAAAAAUAAAUGUCCAUGGGAUGAACGCACAACAGAAGCUGCUGCUGCAAAUGGACAUUUAGAAUGCCUAAAAUAUGCUCAUGAUAAUGGAUGUCCAUGGGAUGAAAGCACAGCAGAAGCAGCGGCAAAAUGUGGAAAUUUAGAAAUAUUAAAAUAUGUUCAUGUAAAGGAGUGUAAAUGGGAUCAUAAAACAACAAAAGCUGCUGCUGCAAAUGGAAAUUUAGAAUGCUUAAAAUAUGCAUUUGAUAAUAGAUGCGAAUUGGAUGAAGAAAUAACGGAACUAGCUGCUCUUAAUGGUGAUUUAGAAAUUCUAAAAUACGCCCAUGAAAAUGGUAUUGCAUGGUCAGAAGGUACAAUUAGUAGUGCUGCUCUUAAUGGUCAUUUAGAUUGUUUAAUAUAUGCCCACAUGAAUGGAUGCCAAUGGGAUGAUGACACAACUCAAAAUGCUGCGGAAAGUGGCUGUUUAGAUUGUUUAAAGUAUGCUAAUGAAAAUAGAUGCCAUUGGGGUGUAGGUACAAUAGGAACAGCUGCUAUUUAUGGUAAUUUAGAUUGCUUAAUAUAUGCUCAUGAAAAUGGAUGUGAAUGGGAUGAUGAUACUACACAAUUAGCUGCAGGUGCCGACAAUUUAGAAUGUUUAAUAUAUGCUCAUGAAAAUGGAUGUAAUUGGGAUGAAGAUACUACUGGAUCUGCUGCAGCCGAAGGCUUUUUAGACUGCUUAAAAUAUGCUCAUGAAAAUAAAUGUCCAUGGAACGAAACAAUAACAAACGCUGCUGCUGAAUGUGGAAAUAUAGAAUGCUUAAAAUAUGCCUAUGAAAACGGAUGUCCGUGGAACGAAACAAUAAUAAAAGUUGCUGCUGAAAAUGGACAUUUAGAAUGCCUAAAAUAUGCUCAUGAAAAUGGAUGUAAAUGGUAUGAGGGCAUAACUAAAGUGGCAGCUUUAAGUGGUAAUUUUGAUUGUUUAAUAUAUGCUCACAAGAAUGGAUGUUAUUGGGAUGUUGGAACAACUAGAGCUGCUGCAGCAUAUGGUUGUUUUGAUUGUUUAAAAUAUGCUCAUGAUAAAGGAUGUAAUUGGGAUGUAGAGACAAUAGUUACAGCUGCUGUUUUUGGCAAUUUAAAUUGCUUAAAAUAUGCUUAUGAACAAGGAUAUGAUUGGUUAAGAGGUAUUACGAGAGGGGCUGCUGCAAAUGGACAUUUAAACUGUUUGAAAUAUGCUCAUGAAAAUGGUUGUGAAUGGGAUGAAGGCACAACAAGGGAGGCUGCUGCAAGUGGUUGUAUUGACUGUUUGAUAUUUGCUUAUGAAAAUGGAUGUCGGUGGGAUGUAGGGACAACGAGUGCAGCUGCUGCAAACGGUCAUAUAGACUGCCUAAAAUAUGCCCAUGAAAAUGGAUGUCAGUGGGACGAAAGUACUACAAGACUUGCUGCUGCAAAUGAUCAAUUUAGUUGUAUAAAAUACGCACAUGAAAAUAGAUGCCCGUGGAGUAGAAAUACCAUUUAUGUAGCUAGUCAAAGUAAUUGUAUUGAUAUAAUCAUGUAUGCUAUGGCAAAUGAGUGUCCUAAUUAAUUGACUUUUUAAAUGAUUUUAUUAUUUAUUAAGUUGUCUAAUUGCAUUAUAGUUAAAGUAAAUAGUAUUAAGAUUUGAUAAUAAUAAUUUUAUUCAUAUUUUA